GUUCGCAAUGCUUCUGCUUCGUUCACUCCGAACAUGGCAAUGCUUGUGCUCUGAUUAGUGAAUUUGUUAGUUUAAUGAUCGUCUGGAGGUAUUUGCUAACUUAAUUGCAUUAUUGUUUCCAGUCUGGGGAAGGAACUGAUGCGGUUCUGUUUUUCAAAGCUAAAUGAUUAUUGCGUCUGAGGGGCUUAAGCACAGAGUGUUUGAAAUCUCCCUAGCUGAUCUCCAAACCGAUGAGGAUCAUGCCUACAGGAAGAUCCGUCUUAGGGCUGAGGAUGUCCAAGGCAGGAAUGUGCUGACAAACUUCUGGGGGAUGGACUUCACAACAGACAAGCUGAGGUCCUUGGUACGCAAGUGGCAGACACUAAUUGAAGCUCAUGUGGAUGUUAAAACAACUGAUAACUACACUCUGAGGAUGUUCUGCAUUGCAUUCACCAAGAGACGUGCAAACCAGGUCAAGCGCACCUGUUAUGCUCAGUCAAGCCAGAUCCGUCAGAUUCGCCGUAAAAUGAGGGAAAUUAUGAUUAAAGAAGCUUCGUCUUGUGAUUUGAAAGAAUUGGUGGCAAAAUUUAUUCCUGAGAUGAUUGGUAGAGAGAUUGAGAAGGCUACAUCCAGCAUCUAUCCACUUCAAAAUGUCUUCAUCCGUAAAGUCAAGAUCCUGAAGGCGCCCAAAUUUGAUCUUGGCAAGUUGAUGGAGGUUCAUGGUGAUUACUCUGAGGAUGUCGGUGUGAAGUUAGACAGGCCUGCUGAUGAAACAGUGGGAGAGGCAGCACCAACCGAAGUUAUUGGAGCUUAAAUAGAAGUCUUUUUUUGUUUAUCACGGUUUCGUCAGAUUUUUACACAUGGAUUGAGUGAUCAAAUUACUUGUAUCAAGUUUUGAGACAGAGAUGCAGUACUAGUAGAAUGUCUUAGUAACAUUUUCUUAAAUAUGGGUUCUUUUUCCAUUGAUUCCU